CUCGUCAGUUACUGUUCACGGUUGCGAAGUGACACAGUGCGGGCUGCUUCGGGUCAUAUUUUACGGGAUGAUUGGAGUAACAUGGCUGCUGUUGGGUGCGGCGCUAGCACUGUUUUGGGCAUAUUCGUGGUGGAAACACAGAUACUGGGCAAAUAAAGGUGUGCCCUCUCCGCCUGUGAUCCCCUUCAUCGGCCAUGCGCAUAAAUUGCUUAUCCCAGCUAAAUUGUGUGCCUUUGAAAGAGAGGCCUACCUCAACCAUGGUGGAUCAAAGUUAUGCGGUUACUACUCCUUCCACGAGCCAAUGUUAUUGGUGGGCGAUCCAGAACUCAUAAGGCACAUUUACGUGAAGGACUUUGAUCACUUUAUGGACAGAAGGAUACUAAACUUGCCGAGCAAAAAGGACAUAAUAUUGGCCAACAUGUUGACUAUGAAGACAGGUGAAGAGUGGAAGAAACUGAGAGCCAUCAUGUCUCCCACUUUCACUUCAGGCAGAAUGAAGGGGAUGUUCCCGCUCGUGUGUAAAAAGGCCGACGACCUCGUCUCCUUCUGCCUGAAGGAAGCACGCACGAAGCCCUUUGUCGACAUGAAGUAUAAUUUUGGCCGCUUCACCAUGGACACAAUUGCUUCCUGUGCCUUUGGUAUUGAAUGCAAUUCACUAGUGGAUGAAAAGCCAGAAUUUGCUGAAAAGGUUGAAACUUUUUUCAAUGUUACGCCAUUAAUUAUAGGGAGAAUGGUUAUCCUGAGCGUAUUUCCUAAACUUGCCAAGAUAUUUGACAUUAGAUUUACAGCACCAGCAAUUGAUUUCUUUACGGAAGUUGCCCGUGAGACCAUGCGAGCGAGGCAAAGUGGAAAAAAAAGAGGAGACUUUUUGGAUCUGUUGCUGGAGGCAGAAGUCUCCACUGGCGAUGCCGAAGGAGUCACGGCAAUGCAAGACGACAAUACCCCAUCCAAGCCUAAGCAAACACUGGAUGAACUGACCAUCAUCUCCCAAAGUGUCUUGUUCCUGGUCGCCGGUUACGAUACCACAGCCUCCACGCUGGCCUUUGCGUCCAUCCUACUUGCCAAGCACCCAGAGAUCCAGCAACGCCUUCGUCAGGAGAUCAGUGAAAUAGUCGAGGAACACGGCGACAUAACCUACCAGGGGAUUAUGGAAGCCAAGUAUCUUGAUGCUUGUGUCAUGGAAACCCUUCGUAUGUACCCACCGGGGCUUUUCCUGGAGCGCAAGUGUGUAAAGGAAUACAAGAUCCCUGGCACGGACGUGACCAUCGAGCCUGGCGUAAUAGUAACAACCCCGAUCUUCAACAUCCACCGGGACCCGAAGUACUGGCCUGAGCCCGAGGAAUUUCGCCCCGAGCGCUUCUUGCCGGAGAACAAGGCGAACAUCACUAACUUAACGCACAUUCCCUUCGGAAUGGGACCCAGGAACUGUUUAGCGAUGAGAUUUGCCCUCAUGGAAGCCAAAGUGGGUCUGGCCAAGAUGCUCCUUGCCACAGACAUAAAGGUGGCACCAGGACACGAUGAAAUUAAAUUUGACAUUGGCUUUGGUUUGCUGAGGCCAAAAGACGGGGUUAACCUUGUCCUGACACCUUUAAAAGAAGAGUGAAAAAGGGAAGGAAAGGAGAGAGAAAAAAAGAAAGUCAUUUUUGCCCACAGGAGACAGAUCUAGAUUGAGAAAGAGCAGAAAGGAAGAACGUGUAUAUCGUGCCUUAUUAGUUAUGGGUUCCUGCAUAUUCGAGGGGGGCCUCUGCAGCAAUUGUCUGAAAUCUUUCGUAUGUUGGAUACAGUCAUUUUCAGUCUUCCUCUACUUGCUAGUUAUUAACAUAUCUCCAUUCUAACACAGAAUGAAAGUAAAUUAAUGUUGGUUAUAAUGAUGAUAUUGAUAUUAAUAAUUAUAAUAAUAAUUGCAAUAUUGGUAAUAAUGAUAGUGAUGGUAAUAAUAAUACAAACUUUCCCUUUCUAAGUGCAAAAAAACAGCUUAUCGAAAUAAACAAAACGUGCACAGAUUUUCAUAUAAUUGGAAAGUGCAUAUCAUGAAUUUUAAGAUAAAUGAAAAAAUGGUCACGACUAAUAAGUUAUUUUCGCUUUCCCAAUCAGAUUUUUUUUUUUUUUUUUUCCCUUUUGUCGUGAAACCCUUUCUAACGCAGAAUACCUCAAGUCAAACUAAAAUGUAAAAUAUAUUUCUCCAAAUAGAAGAAAUCAAAAUUCAGUUAUAAUCCUAUGCUUGUUAAUUUCUUCGUUAAGUAAUAUUGAUGUCAAAAAAGCACCAGAAUAGGCAGUUAACCAAACUAAAAUAUUGGGUUAAAAAAAAACUAGUGACAUUUUUUUGUUUUAAGAAGAAAAAACUGGGUCGCUUUCAAUAAACAAAAAUAAGAUAAAAUAUCCGCGCGUGCGUUUAUCCCUUUCGAAUUGACAUAAAAAGGAACAAAGUGACAGGCCUGGUUGUUUCUCUUUAAUAAUGCCUAUUUCCGUUGUAAACUGCUUAAUUUGAAGCGUGUUUGCGGUAUUGCGUCGUUCGCUUUGACGACGAAGCCAAAAGCAAGGCAUGUGGAUGUGCUUAGUGAUUUUUCGUUAGUUUUUUCUUUCUUUUCUUUUCUUUAAGGUAGAACUGUAAUAAACAUUUCGUCAUUCAAAGAAAACGACGCAUAGAAAAGUAGCAGAUGAUUUGUAUUGAUGUAGAUUACAAGAUAACAGAAAUUGAUAUGUGCUUAGUAUAGGUUAUUAGAUGAUUAAGUAAAUUCGUCCUGAAGGAUGAAUCAUGAAGUGAUACAAAUAAUACUUGUAAUGAGAAAUAAAAGUAUAGAACAAGUUCUUUA